CAAUAUCGAUAUUGGCCAGUAUAUCCGAAAUCCUAGGCAUCCCCCUAAGGUAGACACCUAUCUCAAAGAGUCACAUCGCUAGGGCAACGUAGGCAGACAAAAAGUCCAGACUUCCCACACAGUAACCCUGCUUCCUUGGUCUCAUACACUUGGAUCUUCGUCACCAUUCUUUCGUCACCCCGCACACGCCUCCAGUGCUCAUACAGGGUGGACAGUAUCUCGAGUACGCUAACGUACCUGGACACACCUCGAUAUUCGACGCACACUGUACCUUGAAGCAACGGUAUCGGGAAUGCACAAUAUUUUUCACUGCCAGUGUUAAAUAUUUACUUGCGACUAUCACCACCACUCGCCGUUGACCACACUACUCACCUACAUAUUUCCGGGCAUGAUCUUCGUUCUUCCCAACAUUGAUCGAUAUCUUGACAAUCAACCAGCCAACUAAUCCACUUUCAAGAUAUCACAUCACCUUCUCAUAUAAAGUAGUAGUCAAAAAAUCCACUCCGUCACUUAACGCCAAGCACAUCGUUUCGACGAUAUCCGUUGGAAUACAGUAGCGGGAGUGACGGCCUCUUUAGCAAGGCUGCCACUCUCCAAAAAGUAUUCAACAUGGAUCCUUCACCGAUGGACUUCAUGAUGCAUCAAGACAUGCAUUCACCUAACCACGCCGGCUCUCCUACCUCUUCGUCCAACAUGGACCACCCUGCCCGCUCAGCUUGUCCAGCCUUGCGUGCUGCCGCCGAACAGAACCAACAAUCGCCGAUGUUCUCUUCUCGCCCUAACUAUCGUCCCGACCCAUCCAAUUCCCCUCCGUCUUUUUGGCAGAACAUGCCCAACGCUUACGGCCGAUGGCCGCCCGCCGAUUUCCACCAAGCUAAUAUGCUUGCCUUGGGCAUGCCGCCGACUAUGAAUGCGGGUCAAGGCAGCCCACCUCAUUAUCCGUCGAGGGGUCCCGAACAAUACAACCCCCACAUGUCACCCCGAUCCUAUUACCAUACACCGAUUAUGAGUUUGACGAGAAUUGGAGGCACGGCUCCGGCCCAACACAGCCAAGGAAACUUUUCGGGCUCCAACCAAGGUCAAGCUCACGGUGGAAUUAGAAGUGGAACUGGAAGUGGCCCAAGUGGUCCAAGUAGCCAAAGUGGUCAAGGUGGUCAAGGUGGUCCAGGAAACCUAAUGAUUACCUCUGGAAUCCCAGGGCGACAGAGUGGGCUAGCUAACGGUCGCCUCCCAUCUAUGAACUCGGUUCCUCCGCCUCUCACAAACAACAAUUUGCAAACGCAAACGCAAACAUUUCCCCAAAACUCUCGUGCGGCUCAGCAGUCCGACCGAUACACACCUCCUCCUCUUCCUCGACAUAGUAGUACACCAUCAGCAUUAUCACUCCAAAUGUCGGAAUCUAAUAUAGCAUCCACCGGUGUAGGAAGUGAGUCGGGCCCUGCCCAGAACGAUUCGUCGUCGCCUUCCCGUCGCGCGCCUAGCACUGCCGCAUCUACCGCGCGAUAUGUGGAGGUGCCGGAGGGGUAUCUUACCGACCCGCGCCGAGUCAAUGCGAACCGUGAUAGACGAGGUCUUACGCGAUUGCCAUCUUCGGAAUCUGGUUGGUCUAGUGACGACGACUCCGACCCUGAUGCGGUUGCAAUGUCGCUCUUAGAGGCCGCGGUGGCCGGACCGCCCGCAGAAGGUGGAACGGACGGACGUCUCAGAGCACAGCAAGUAAUGCGAGGUAGUAUCUCGACUAAGCGAGUGGCAUCUAAGAAGGCACUCACAUCCCUUGAGAGUGUGACUGUCUCGAGUCUGCCACAGAACGAGAGAACCUGUGUGAUCUGCUACAACGACUAUGGAGUCGAGACCCCCGAAGGCAUUAGUGAGAACCCGCUACGAUUGCCACGAUGUAAGCACGUAUUCGGAGAUCAUUGCAUCAAGAAGUGGUUUGAGGAAUCGGACAGCUGUCCCUACUGCAGAGAUAGAGUCCCUUCCGAACCUCAGUAUCGUCAGGCCAUGAACGCUCAUAACGUGUACCGAUUCUUGCGCCAGCAUCACCAGAUGCAGAUGCAGAUGCAAAUAACCCGACCAGGCCGAGAACAUGAACGAGGUGAUUCGGAAGCGGGGGGUCGACUUGACUCUAUCUUGAAUGGGUUCGCUUCAAGCCCAUACACGGGGUAUGACGAGUAUGGAGCCGCGGGAGGCCCUCCGUCUAGACGAGCGGAUGGCAUGCACAUUGGUCCUCGAAACCCGGCUUGGCAUGGAAAUUCGGGAGAGCGCCACUCUCCCCUUCCGUUCAACGAGAUGGGCGAGAACAGGCGUAGAGUGCGUCCUCGCCACGGCAGUCUGCGUGGAUUCGCUCCGGGACGUCCGCAUUUUACACCGGCCCCGGCGAACAACGCUCCUCAACCUCAGUAUUCGAAUUGGAUGCACCGCACAAAUCAGCCUCAUUCACUCAAUCGACAGCAUUCGGUGUCUGGACAGAAUGGACAGAACACUGCUGGCCGCACCGCGUUUGACGCGAACGCCCCCGCCUUUCCAUUCCAGACAGCGAUGGGUGCGCACCCCCACGAGACCUAUUCAAACCCGUUGAACAUGAGUAAUUCAACCGGUAACAACGACGAGUACACUACUCUACCUCACAUGCGCACGCAGCACACUGCGCCUCUUUCCCCGACAUAUGCGGGACCGGAGGUUUACAUGUCGAACGCGGACGAGCCUAUGUACGGCGGUUCAGUUUCACACGGACAGUUGUAGGAACGCGAUUUCGUGGGAGCUCGACAGCAAGCUAGAAGCUCUUCUCCCCCGAGAGCACGCGCCGAUUUUGCGCUCCCUCCUCAAGAGCAAGCACGACGAAACACACGUUC